AUUAUAUAGGAUUAAGAAAAUAUCAAGAUAGGUUCUGUUAUUCUUUCGGAAAGUUACUUAUUUUCAUUAACCUGGCUGAUGCUUUUGAGAUAAGCAUAAUUGAUGCCUUUAGUAAUUAUUGAUAAAUAGUAAUGAUUAUAGCAACUUCGAGAAAUGUUAAAUAGAUCAAAAAAAUGUUAUUAGCAUCAACAUUAAAAAAGAAUAUUAAAUUAUAAAAUUAUUAAUGUUAAUUAUAGAUAAAAUUAUAGCUAUAUGGUAAAGCAUCACUUUUGGAACUAAAUUUGUUCUGAUAACCAGCACAAUUUGUUGCAUUCUUGAUUUACUGACAAAUGAUUCACUAUUCGAUAUAUUUGUAGACAUCCCAAAUAAGACUAUAUAUUAAAUCGAAUUAUGGAGAUUACUCAUUCCAUAAUUCUUUCAUGGCGAUAUAUAUAAUAUUACAAUAAGUUUACUUGGAUUUCUGUUUUGUGCAAUUGAAGUUGAAAAAAGUUAUGGUACCAUACCAUUUUUUUGUGACAUAUUCUUUAAGAAUCUGAUCAUACAAAUUAUUUAUGUUUUGCUAUGCUUUUCGCUUUCAUAUUUAACUUUGGAAGUCCUAGAUACUGAGUCUUUUGGCUUUUGGAAUAUCACAUUUAUUUACAUGAUGAAUAAAGCACUAAGUGAUUAUGAUGAGCCUUAAAAGUUCCUGUGCUUUCCAUUUUCUCUACAAUCAAAAUAUUACCCGCCUGCUUUCUUCUUGAUCAUGAAUAUAAUUGAGUUUCCUAGAUUAGAUCUAAUAGCAGCAGCAUUUUUUGCACUUAUCGAAUACCAAUUAUUUGAUGGUUUCAUGAUGAAAUUAUCUAAGGGGUUCGUUACAAAGAUAGAAUAUUCCUUCCCAUUUAAAUUCUUCUAAUCCCGAUAAGAUUUUAUCACAUGCGAUUAAGUUAAUCAUUCAUUUGUUUUGGAUGAAGCAAAGUAAUCCUAAUACCACUUAGAAAUUGGAAGCAUUUCAACUACAGAAGCUAAAGAGUAAGAUUAACAAUAGAUUUGA